AUGGCGUCCUAUGGCAUUCCCAGCGGGACCUCGCAAGACAGCUGUGCAUCACCAAAGACAUUUGUCCAGAAAAUCAAGUCUCAGGAUGGUCCUCUUGUCGGUACCGUCUUGACGAUUCCGUCACCCAUCAUUGCCCAACUGGCCGGACAGGCUGACGGCGACUUCGUCAUGAUCGACAUGGAACACGCCCCGUUGACCAUGGACGUGGUUACGCAAAUGGUCCACGCAUACGUGCAAGUAUCGCGGGGGACACGCUUCCCCAUCAUCCGCAUCCCAUCACACGGGGUUGAAUACGUGAAAUGGGGUCUCGACAGCGGCGCCGCAGGCAUCAUCAUCCCUAUGGUCAACAAUGUCGCCGAGAUGAAAGCGAUCCUAGAUCGUGCGCUAUAUCCGCCGGCUGGUCGGAGGAGUUUUGGGCCCCUCUACGCGCCCUUUGGCCACCCGGACGGGCCUCACGGAGGAAUGGGGGGAUACUUUGAGAGGGCCAAGAGAGGAGAUAUUGCGAUCCUACCCAUCAUCGAGUCCCGCGAGGGGCUGGAGAACGUCGAGGAGAUCCUCGCCCUCGAGGGCGUCUCCGGGUGUUUCAUCGGUCCAGCUGAUUUGCGACUGUCUCUGGGACUCACGGCGGCGGUGGACGGACCAGAGCCGGAAUUUCUCAACGCCUUGAAACGAAUAUGUGCCGCGGGGAAGAAACUGGGCAAGGUCGUGGGGUGUAUGGGCAUGGGGGAGGAUCACGCGAGGAAACGUGCGGCGGAGGGGAUGGACUUUCUUCUGUCCACUUUCGACUAUGGCUCUAUCGUCAGCGGUCUUGCGAAUGACAUUGCUGCGGCUCGUCAAGGUGCUCGGAGCGCUGGUGCGAAGUUGUGA